AACAUAAAAAUCCUGCAUUACGGUGUAAUGCAGACUGCAGGCCUAAGCAUUAAUACAGAUGGUGUGAACUUGUGGGGAACCAAGGCUAUUUUAGCUGCUGGGUUCAAACCACGACUUGAUUCUUUUAGUGAUGAGGGCUAUCGGUAUUAAAGACUGACACAUUUGUAAACUUCUUUCUGAAGACGUGUCUUUAGUUCAGCAGGGCCACAGAAAGAGAUGGAAGAAAAACCCAUUUAUUUGAUUUCUGUCAUGAACGUGUUUGUUCUAGCAUUCCUCUCUCUGCCAGGGCUUCAAGGUCAGGGGGGCUGGAGCGUGACUUACUCUCCCUCACAGAUCUGUGCCAUAAAGGGCUCAACAGUGGAAUUAAAAUGCACAUAUCCACCCAAAAUAAAUGAUACAGUUAUAGUGGUUCAAAACAUACAAUGGUUUACCAAAGGGACAAAUGCUGCUCCUGUAGAUCUGAGAAAGGACCAAAACUAUGCAGGUCGGGUUGAGUACAGAAAUGGCUGCACUGUGAGAAUCAGGGAUAUUAGAGAAACGGACUCAGCUUUCUACAAGAUAAGUCUUAAAACAAAUUACCAUCAGGGAUCAUAUACUGCCGUUCCAGGGGUUAGCUUGUCUGUCUCUGGUCUCAAGCUGCAUGUGAUCAAAUCAGAGCGCAGACAGAAUUAUAUUUGGACGCAGAUGAAAUGCAACAGCAGUUGUCUACCUGAUCAACAUCCCUACAUCUGGAUUAAGAACGGGAAUGAAACUUUGGCGGGGACCUCCUCAUUUUUUCAAUACACAUUCUGUGAUACGGAGCGCAUUUCAUGUGCUGCAAAAGGAUAUGAGAAGUUCCCCUCUCCAUCAGUGUAUGGACCAAGGCCCCCGACUGUUUCACAUCAUCCACUAGGGGAGGUGGUGGAGGGAAGCUCUGUGACUUUGGUUUGCAACAGUGAUGCUAAUCCACCUGCUACCUACAAAUGGUACAAGGAGGAUGAACCAGAUCCACGCAGCAAAGAGUCAAAGCUUGUUUUCAAAUCAGUUCAGUCCUCUGACUCUGGAAAAUAUUCCUGCAAAGCUGAAAAUGUGCUAAACAUGACAUCAGAGGAUAUCAUAUUGGAUGUAGAAUAUGCUCCAAGGCUUCCUGUGGUGUCUUUGGUUCCCUCUGGUGACAUUGUGGAGGGCAUGUCAUUGACACUGACCUGCAGCAGUGAUGCCAACCCUGUAGCUAAUUACAGCUGGUUUAAAGAAAAUGAAAAAUGGCCACAGUAUUCAAGACAAAACUUCACCAUUGCAGAUAUAGGACAACAACACAGUGGGCUUUAUCACUGUGAAGCCCACAACAGGAGAGGAAGUCUCAAAUCUUCUAUACAUUUUACUGUUGCUGAAAGGAUGCAUUUCAAGAUAAUGAAUAUCGCAAAACUGGCUGUGGCUACACUGUUGUUGCUGAUUCUUCUGUUUGGUAUUUUUCUUUUCAAGAGGAAGCUGAAAGGAAGUAACCUAAAAGCUAAGUUAAAGAAACAUCAACACAAUAUCAAGCAGGAAGACUUCCUGUGUUACUGGAUAAGCCUAGACCUUCUACCCCUAGAAGGAUUUACUGAGUCUUACUGGGCAAGGGGAAAACCUUCACAUGAUCCAUUCAAGUCCACUCAUGGAAAACCAAGUGACAGUCCGCUCCUUUACUCCUCUGGGUCCAAUGUGUCUGAGGUCCAUUUUUGUCUAAUAGUGCCUAAGACGAGGCUAAAAACCAGAGGGGACAGAGCGUUUUCUGUAGUUGGCCCAUAUGAACGACCUCCACAGUUGAGAAGGCAGAGAAAGCACCAGAGCAAGGAGAAGUGGCGGCUAGCCGGGACUCUGGAGGCUAACAUUAGGAGAUUGAAGGACGGUGGUAGAUCAGAGAAGCCUGUCAGUUUCUGGUUCAAUUUAAGUCUUAGCUGCCUCAUGGUCUACAUUUCUGGGUGUCUCUGUGGUCUGAUGUACUACUGUUUGUCCAUGGAGGCCAGCCCUGAGGCCGGAGACGAAGGAUGA